ACGCGACUGGAGCGCGAUCGAGCGGAAGAAAGAGAGAAACAAAAGAAAGCGCAACGAGUCGCAGGAAAUUAAGGAGCAAGGUGGAAGAGCGAGAACGAAGGAAGGAAAAGUGGCAACCUGUACGGCGCACACUCACGCACGUCUCGGUUUCCCCUACCAUCGUAACUGGCCGGUUACACGAGCGAGGUGGCCGAGGAGACGGAGAGCCAACGAUAUAUAUCAUCGUAGCGUCGUCGCUCGCUACACACACUUUCGUAUUUAUCGGGCGAAGAAGGGGAGGAAAGGCCACGGGCGGUAUCUUCGGGCCAGUGCGUCCCGAGAUUUUGCGGUGAGAGGAUCGCAUAAGUUUUUAUUUCGCUUUUUUUACUUCGUCUACACCUCUCGCCACACUUCUUCGUUUCUUCGACGAUUUUUCCACCAUUUUUCUUCGCGCCGUUAUCAGGAAAUCCAUCGUGCACGCCCCCAACACCCCCGACAUGGCUUCGGCAAUCAAGGCGUUGUUGAUCGCUUGCGCUCUCCUCGUCUACACCGUUACGGCAGAAACGGAAGAAGGACAGAGUGGAAGAUCGCGGGUCUCCGACGAGCAAUUAAACAUGGCCUUGAGCGACCAACGUUACUUGAGAAGGCAGCUGAAGUGCGCGUUGGGCGAGGCUCCAUGCGACCCGGUCGGGAGAAGAUUGAAAAGUUUAGCACCACUGGUUUUGAGAGGCGCCUGCCCGCAAUGUAGCCCCGAGGAAACACGACAGAUCAAGAAGGUCCUUUCGCACAUUCAACGAACCUAUCCAAAGGAGUGGUCGAAGAUAGUGCAGCAGUAUGCCGGAGUUUCGUAAGGCCCCGGGAUAAUGGAAAGCGGCUAAGGAGAAAACAACUGGACACACCCUGUAAAGAGAAAAAAUAUGGGACAGCAGAUCUGUUUAGAAUAGCCGAAUAUCUAAUGAUAUUCAAUAUUUAAUCCCUCUUUAUCUUUCGACAAAGAUAUCGAGCAACUAUUCCGAUAUUAUUCCGUUAAGCUUAUAUAUAUAUAUAUUUUAUAUAUAUAAGCAGUAUUUUAUAUUACACGUCGUAAUAAAGCUUGUUUUUCGAAAU